AGGGGAGGAGGGCGAGGGGUCGCGGAAGGGUGUGAAAGGAGGCGCUCCCGACAGCCCUUGCGCGGCCUGGGGGCGGGGCCUUAGGCAAGGUGACCGGCAGCGGCAGCAGCGGACGGAGGCCGAGGAGAGCGGAGACGGCUAGGCUGAAAGAUCUGCAGAUCCAUCAUGAUCCUCCAGCAGCUCUUCAGGAUCUCUUCUCUUCUCCACUCAGCGUUCGCUGUCCACUUGCGUAGAAACAUUGGCUUUUCUGCCAUUGCGUUCAACAAGGCAAAGGAACUUGAUCCGGUACAGAAACUCUUCUUGGACAAGAUCAGAGAUUACAACACUAAAAGCCAAAAAGCUGGUGGCCCGGUUGAUGCAGGCACAGAAUAUGAGAGAGACAUGAAUGAACAAGUUUUGAAACUCCAACGGUUGUAUGGUGGUGGUGACCUCACCAAAUUUCCAGACUUCAAGUUUGAAGAACCUAAAUUUGAAGAGGAACAGAAGUGAUGUGAUACCAUGUGUACACCAAGCAACAUAGUCGGGUUUGUUGAAUAGGGCUGUGAUUGUGAUUUCAAUAAACAGUUCAGUGUUUAAAUCUA